CGGGCGGCGCGGCCGUGACAGCGCGGCGGCGGCGAGGCCGGGGCAGCGGGAGCGCCGCCGCCGAGGACCAUGAGGAAAUUUAACAUCAGGAAGGUGCUGGACGGCCUGACGGCGGUCUCUGCCGUCGCCUCGGCGUCGUCCGCCGCGCAGCAGCAGCAGGCGGGGAACCGGGAGACCGAAAUCCAGGAGACGCUCCAGUCCGAGCACUUUCAGCUCUGCAAGACUGUGCGCCACGGUUUCCCCUACCAACCUUCAGCCUUGGCAUUUGAUCCGGUUCAGAAAAUACUGGCCAUUGGGACUCAGACUGGAGCACUAAGGCUCUUUGGUCGGCCAGGAGUUGAAUGCUACUGUCAACAUGACAGUGGAGCUGCAGUAAUCCAACUUCAGUUCCUGAUUAAUGAGGGAGCUCUUGUGAGUGCCUUGGCUGAUGACACCUUACACCUGUGGAACUUGCGCCAGAAGAGGCCGGCUAUACUUCAUUCCCUCAAAUUUAACCGGGAACGGAUAACAUUUUGUCACCUGCCUUUCCAAAGCAAAUGGCUAUAUGUGGGCACUGAAAGAGGAAACAUUCACAUUGUCAACGUGGAAUCAUUUACUCUCUCAGGCUAUGUCAUCAUGUGGAAUAAAGCCAUUGAACUGUCAUCCAAAUCUCACCCAGGACCUGUUGUCCACAUUAGUGACAAUCCAAUGGAUGAAGGAAAGCUUCUAAUUGGCUUUGAAUCUGGGACAGUGGUAUUAUGGGACCUGAAGUCAAAGAAGGCAGAUUACAGAUAUACACAUGAUGAGGCUAUCCAUUCUGUGGCUUGGCAUCAUGAAGGCAAACAAUUCAUUUGUAGUCACUCAGAUGGUACCUUGACCAUAUGGAAUGUAAAAUCUCCUACCAAACCAUUCCAGACAAUCACUCCACAUGGAAAGCAGCUGAAGGAUGGAAAGAAGCCAGAACCCUGCAAACCUAUCCUUAAGGUGGAAUAUAAAACAACUAGAGCUGGGGAGCCUUUCAUCAUUCUCUCAGGAGGCUUGUCAUAUGACACUGUAGGAAGAAGACCCUGUUUAACAGUCAUGCAUGGGAAAAGUACUGCUGUGCUAGAAAUGGAUUAUUCUAUUGUUGAUUUUCUAACCCUGUGUGAAACUCCAUAUCCUAAUGACUUUCAGGAACCAUACGCUGUAGUUGUUCUCCUAGAAAAAGACUUAGUACUGAUUGACCUUGCACAAAAUGGGUAUCCUAUCUUUGAGAAUCCCUAUCCUUUGACUAUACAUGAGUCUCCGGUUACCUGUUGUGAAUAUUUUGCUGAUUGUCCUGUGGAUCUCAUACCUGCACUCUAUUCAGUUGGUGCUCGACAGAAACGUCAAGGUUACAGCAAGAAGGAAUGGCCUAUCAGUGGAGGCAACUGGGGUGUGAUCACUCAGAGCUAUUCAGAGAUCAUUAUUACAGGGCAUGCUGAUGGAUCAAUCAAGUUUUGGGAUGCAUCAGCAAUAACGUUGCAAGUACUCUAUAAGCUAAAAACAGCCAAAGUAUUUGAAAAAUCACGGAAUAAAGAUGACAGGCCAAACACAGAUAUAGUAGAUGAAGAUCCAUAUGCUAUUCAGAUCAUCUCAUGGUGUCCAGAAAGCAGAAUGCUGUGCAUAGCUGGAGUUUCUGCACAUGUUAUUAUUUACAGGUUCAGCAAGCAGGAAGUGACAACAGAAGUCAUUCCGAUGCUGGAAGUACGUCUCCUGUAUGAAAUAAAUGAUGUUGAAACUCCAGAUGGUGAGCAGGUGCCGCCUGUACCAACUCCAGGCACAGGUUCCAAUCCCCAAUCCAUUGUUCCCCAGUCUCAUCCAUCUACUAGUAGCAGUUCAUCCGAUGGACUUCGUGAUAAUGUCCCAUGCUUAAAAGUCAAAAAUUCUCCUCUCAAGCAGUCUCCAGGCUACCAAAUCGAGCUCGUUAUCCAGCUGGUGUGGGUGAGUGGAGAACCUCCUCAACAGAUAACCAGCUUAGCCAUCAACUCAGCAUAUGGCCUAGUAGUUUUUGGAAACUGUAAUGGUAUUGCCAUGGUUGAUUACCUCCAGAAGACAGUGCUCUUGAAUCUAGGCACUAUUGAACUGUAUGGCUCCAAUGAUCCCUACCGCAGGGAGCCACGGUCUCCCCGAAAAACUCGGCAACCAUCUGGAGCAGGUCUUUGUGAUAUAAAUGAAGGUACAGUGGUGCCAGAAGACCGCUGCAAGUCACCCACGUCAGGUUCUGGUUCACCAAACAAUUCUGAUGAUGAACAAAAAAUGAAUAAUUUUAUAGAAAAGGUGAAGACCAAAAGCAGAAAGUUUUCCAAGAUGGUAACCAAUGACAUAGCAAAGAUGUCCAGGAAGCUAAGUUUGCCAACUGAGUUAAAGCCUGAUUUAGAUGUCAAAGACAACUCUUUCAGUCGAUCCCGGAGUUCUAGCGUAACUAGCAUUGAUAAAGAGUCACGAGAGGCAAUUUCAGCUCUUCAUUUUUGUGAGACUUUCACAAGAAAGGCUGAUACAUCACCUUCCCCAUGCCUAUGGGUUGGGACCACGCUGGGUACAGUGCUUGUCAUUGUACUGAAUUUACCCCCAGGAGGAGAGCAAAGAUUUCUUCAGCCAGUAAUUGUUUCUCCUAGUGGAACCAUCCUGAGGCUAAAAGGGGCAAUCUUGAGAAUGGCUUUUUUGGACACCACAGGAUCUUUGGUCCCACCAGCGCAUGAAACCUGGAGAGAACACCAUGAAGAUAAAGAUGAAAAAGAAAAAGCAAAAAAGCGACGACCUGUCUCAGUGUCCCCUUCUUCCUCUCAGGAAAUCAGUGAAAACCAAUAUGCAGUGAUAUGUUCAGAAAAGCAAGCAAAAGUUAUCUCACUGCCAUCCCAGAACUGUAUUUAUAAGCAAAAUAUAACAGAGACUUCUUUUGUUCUUCGUGGAGACAUAGUGUCGUUGAGUAACAGUAUCUGCCUUGCAUGUUUUUGUGCCAAUGGACAUAUUAUGACUUUUAGUUUGCCAAGUUUAAGGCCAUUGUUGGAUGUAUAUUACCUGCCACUCACCAAUAUGCGGAUAGCCAGAACAUUCUGCUUCACUGAUAAUGGACAAGCCCUCUAUCUUGUCUCACCAACUGAGAUACAGAGGCUCACCUACAGCCAAGAAACAUGCGAAAAUCUUCAGGAAAUGUUGGGUGAGCUCUUCACUCUUGUAGAAACACCAGAAGCACCAAACAGGGGGUUCUUCAAAGGCCUGUUCGGAGGUGGGGCACAGUCACUUGACAGAGAAGAACUCUUUGGAGAAUCAGCAUCUGGGAAGGCAUCGAGGAGUCUUGCCCAGCAUAUUCCAGGACCUGGGGGUAUCGAAGGUGUCAAAGGAGCAGCAUCUGGUGUAGUUGGUGAACUGGCACGAGCCCGGCUGGCACUGGAUGAAAGAGGACAGAAACUGGGAGAACUGGAAGAAAAAACUGCAGCUAUGCUUUACAGUGCUGAUUCGUUCUCAAAACACGCUCAUGAGAUGAUGUUGAAGUACAAAGACAAGAAGUGGUACCAGUUCUGAUGACUCUCAUCAAUCACAUCUGUUUAAUUUUGUCCUGAUGAAAAAAUCUUGGUUUUUCUUUAAUUUUGGCAGGACCACUGAAAUUUAAAGGAGUAUUCACCAUCGGAUACUGUUGUUUCCUAGCACAAAUGACACACUGUUUUACCUCAGUCGUGGCUUUAACUGAGGAGCUUUAUAUCUAAGAAACACGCACGAAAAAAAGAAACUUGAGUGUUUCUUAGCUGUUGGUUAGCAUAAAGUUGGAACUGAGAAGGUAGCUGGAACAUGUG